AGGAUCAGUGUUGUGCACAACUUUUUUCUGUAAUGGUAGGUGUACCUAACUUAAUCGAAAUUCCUUAUUUCAGCAAGAUAGGAUUAACACUGCGGCAGUAUUGGGUGCAACUCAUCAACAGAACACCAUCAACGAUGUUGCCCUUAUCCUUGCUGCUGGUGCUGCAUUAGCAUGCGUGUCGCCUUAUCUUUUGUAUUAUCACUCAACAUCACCGGACAGUACAGUAGUCGCCCCACUUGGAGAUGAAUACCCGGUGGGAACGUCACAACGUUCAAGUCAUCGAAUUGACACAGUCAGUGGUCGCAGUCCGGUUCCUAUACAACAAAUGGAGGAGCAGACUGUCUAUUGGUCUGCCAGAGAGAAUCCUUACUACUAUCACACAUCGAAACGAUUCUAUGGACAACCGUACCAAGUGGAAUCAGGGUAG